GUUAGAAUUUUACUAGAUGUCUCAAUUAUUAAAGCCUGUAUCUGCUUCAUCACCUUCUAAAUAAAGAAGUUCAACAUCUCAAUACACAUAAUCUAAGAGUCCUUAUUAUAAUGAAACACAAUAAGGUAAUUUUAUAUAUUAUUUGAAAAGGUUCCACACAUCAAAAAUCUUAGUAGAGUUUAAGAAAUUCCCAUUAUACAAGUAAAUUUGAAAAGAGUAUUGAUAUGGAUAUGAAAUAGAGUAAUAGUUUCAUUAAUCCUGAAUUUGAGAUUAAAAAAUUGAUGAAUUUAGUUGAAUUAUAAUAGCAUGAAAUAAAUAAUUGGAAACGUAGAUAUGAAUAAGCAGAAGCAAGAGUAUUUUAUUUAUUUUUUAUAUUUAGGGUGUGUCUUCCAAUUCAGCCUAAACUUUAAUGGAUUAUGAAAAUCAUUUAGAUUAAUUAACAAAAGAACUGAAAAGUUAUAUGUCUAUUAAUGAUGAUUUAAACUCUAAAUUAAAAGAGAAAGAUAAUUAAAUAUCUAAACUCAAUAAAUAAUUAGAUAAUUAAUAAUAGUAGUUGAAUGAUUAUUAAUCUUAAUUAAAGUAUGCGUAAAAAGAAAAAGUUAAUUUAGAUAAAGAUGCUUCUUUACAACUUUAUUAAAAAGAUUAAAAAUACAAUCAUAAUUUAACAGAAAUUUAAUAAACACAUUUUUAAUAAAUGUAAAUGAUGGAUGAUUAAGUUUAAAAAUUACAAGAUGAACUAAUCAGGAGAAAUUAAGCUAUUGAAUUUUAAAAAUAAGAAAUUUAAUCAUUAGAUAAAAUUAUUAAUGAAAUGAAAACAGGUGAAAAGACUUUGAUAUAAUCUGUAGAAGCUUAUAAAAUAAAAUAUUAAGAUUUAUUUGAUGAGAAAAAAAAAGAAAUCAAUAAAUAAAAUUAAUAGUUUGAAUAAACAAUUAAAUAAUUAGAAAAAGAAUUUCUUGAUGAAAAAGAAUGUCUCAUUCAUAAAAUUAGUUAAAUGCAAUAUGAAAUAGAAAUGUUAAACUAAUAAAUUUAAGAAUCUACAAGUAAAAUUCAUUAUAUUGUAAGAUCUUAUAUCUGGAUUAUAAGAUGAAAUUCAAUCUUAAGUUGAAUAGAAUUGCUAUCUUUAAGAGUAACAUCAAAUUACUACUUAGGAUUUAGAAUAAAAGCAUAAGAAAUUAAUUUAAGAAUUUAGGAUUGAAUAUGAACAACAAAAACAUAAAUUAUGUUCAGAAGUUUCUAAAUUAACACAAUAAUUAGAAAAUACUUAAUAACAACUUCAUGAAAAUUAAGAAUUAAAUCAAGAAUUAUAAAUAACUUUAGACACUUUAAAUAAACAUAAUGAAAAUACAUCUUAACAAUUAAACAGAUUAUAAAAUUAAUUUGAAUCUUUGUAAAAUUAGUAUGAAAAUGAUAUAUCUGAACAAAAUUAAGAAAUUGAACAAUUAAAUGAUUAAAUUGCAUAAUUAACUGAAUUGUUCGAAUAAAGAUCAAAUGAGCUUGAUGAUGCUAGAUAGCUUAGAGGAGAAUUAGCCUUAAAAAAUAACGAAAAUAAUGUAUAUAAUCUCAUAAUUAUUAGCUAUCAAUCUAAAGGCUUUAAAAUGAAUUAGAAUCUUAUAAGUAAAAAUUAAUUGAAAUCCAAAAAUAACACCAAAUUCAAGGAUAAGUUAAAGAUGAAAUUAAUAAAUCUCAAUUUGAAUAAAUGAAAAGACAAAUGGAAUCUUAAAUAGAACUUUUAGAGACUGAAAAAAAAACAAUAUUAUAUUAAUUUGAUAUGAAAUCAAGAGAAUGUGAAGAAUGGAAGUAAUAUAAUAAAAAUUUGUGA